UGGGUCUAAAUAAUAAUGAUCUUAUUUUAAACUGUUACUAGUUUAACUGCAAAAAGCAGGCGAAUGUCAUUGAUCCGCUGCAGAAGACUGUCCGACUGUUGCAGAAAGACAGAACCCAUGGUGAGAUGCUUUAUGAGCUGGAGAGCGCUGCUGGAGAAACGCUGAACAUGACCGAAUCUGACCGAACCUCGCCGAGCAUUACCGAACAUCACCGAACUUCACCGAACAUCACCGAGAGAGGACUCGUUCAGUCAGCCAUGUAAAGUGCAGGCGACGGGAUCCUGUUCCGAGCGAUUUUUAUUCCUGAUCUUCAUAUUUCAGAUCGCAGUGAAUCAUGGUUCAGUCCUGCUCGGCGUACGGAUGCAAAAACAGAUACCACAAAGAUAAAAACAUCUCCUUUCAUAAGUUUCCUCUGGCACGACCAGACAUCUGUGGGAGAUGGCUGGCCGCUAUGAAGAGAAGAAACUUCAAACCCACCAAGUACAGCAACAUCUGCUCUCAGCACUUCACCAGAGACUGCUUCAAACACGAGUGCAACAACCGCGUGCUGAAGGACAAUGCCGUGCCCUCGCUCUUCACCUCCAGCAAACUACAGAUGCAGACAGCGUCUCUGGAGGAAACCUUCAGCCCAGACCUGGACUUUCCUCUGAGUCUCCCACUGUCUGACGCUGAAGAGACUCCGGCGGAGCAUCCUUCUGAAGCACAGCCCGACCCGGACCACUCCAGCACCUUCGUCUCCUGCGACCACAACUACACGGUGGAGGACACGGUGCAGCAGAAGAGACGCAUCGAGACGCUGCAGGAACAGCUGGAGAAGCUGCGCAAGAGACUGAAGACGGUGCAGCAGAAGUGCAGGAGGCAGGAGAGACAGCUGGAGCGCUUCAGAGCCAUGAGACAGGUCCAGAAGCCCAGCAAGGACACGCCACUGGGAGACGGAUACGUCAUCCUGCCCAAAGAGAUCUACGACGUCCUGAGAGGAAUAGAGACCAUCGGAGCGCUGUGAGAGACGUCGAGAGAGAGAGAGUCACGGUUCUAAAGGGGUUUGACUUCUUCUGUCUGUCAUGACCUGUGUUCUGUGUGUGUGAACGUGUUCUCUUUGACUGAAGGAGGUUCUGAUCACAGAUCUUUGUGGAACCGAAUGUUCUUUCAGGAGAAGAUUGUCCUCUUCAGAGCAGAACUAACUCCACAUGCAGUAACUGCGUGAGAGGAUUCAGGUGUAGAAAACAGAGAAACUGAACUCUUUAGCUCUUGUGAAGAUGGUUUGAUGCCAUGAGACUCGACCGACGCCGUGACAAACGCUUCAGUGGAUCAGGUUCUCAUCAUCUGCAGAUCUGUUGACAUGUUUGUUCUGUUAUUAAAUGUUUUUAUAUAUAUAUUUUUUUUUAUAGUUUAUACUGACUAGUGUGGUUUGAUUUGAUUAAUGUACUAAGAUGACCAAAUAGAGUCACAUCAAAGGGCUUUGAGCUGUUCGUUGUUCUUUUUUACCCUUUGGUGAUAAAUUUUUUUUUUAUUUUAAUUUUUUUUUUACAAAACCUUAAUUGUGUAAUCAAUUUAAGCCAUAUAUGCGUAAAAAUAUUUGUUUCUUUGCUGGGAGAACUUCAGUCAUGGUUGGGUUACGCUCACAGUGCACCUGUUCAUGUGUUUGACUAACGCUCUCAUUCUUGACCUGAGCUUGUGCUUGAAUGAGUCUAAGUCUCGUCUGAAUCUCACGCUUUAUUACUGUCUUUUACAGACACACUUAUUGGAAGAGGAUUGUGUAUAUGGUCAAAACUCUAUACCACAAAAAUUUAAAUUAACUUCAAAAUAUGAAUUCCUAGACUCCGAUCAUAACAAAUGAAUAUGAUUAACCAUUCAAACUGUGUAAGAGACUGUUUCAGAAUCUCUUUAAUUUUUCUAUCAUUGCAAGUUUUAUGAGAAGGAUGUCUAACAACUGUGAUAACUAAUGUCUGUGAGGGUAAACUGGGAACAGCAGUUCAUUAAAAAAAGAGUUUAACAUGUUAGGCAAGGCAAGUUUAUUUAUAUAGCACAUUUCAUACACUUUGGAAAUUCAAAGUGUUUUACAUAAAAGAAAGUAAAAUAGUAAUGAAGAAAAUAAUCACAAAAAUAAAACAAGCAAUUUAAAAACUUUUAAAAAAUGAUAACAAUGUAACUCAAAACAUUGAAGAUAGUUUGUUGAGCAAUGUCUUUCAACCAUCAGCUUUACAGAGUCAACAGGAAAAUAGUUUCAAUAAUUAGGACAAUAACAGUCGUUUUCAUCUUAAGUCAGUUCAUUGAUGAUUCAGUGAUUCAUCAUCCAUCUCUCUUUAGUAGUGUCUCUGCAAGCAGGAAAUGUCCCCAAAACCUUAAAACUGGCUGCUAUUAACCCUCUCAUUAAAAAUGGUAUCUCUGAGGAUUUCCAGUCAGGAUUUAGACCGUAUCAUAGUACUGAGACUGCUCUCCUUAGAGUGACAAAUGAUCUGCUCUUAUCAUCUGAUCGUGGGUGUAACUCUCUAUUAGUUUUAUUGGAUCUUA